AUGGCGUAUACAUUGACCCUCCCGGAUGGCUAUGGCUACGUUGUUCUCGUUGCUCUGGGCCUGGUCCCAGUUCUAUCAUGGACUCAAGGCGCAGUGGUUACGACCAUGAGAAGGGAAGCUCGCGUACCAUAUCCCAAUGCCUAUGCAUCGGCCGAACAAGCAAAGGAAAACAAGGUGGCCUACAAGUUCAACUGUGCCCAGAGGUCUCACCACAAUCUUUUGGAAAAUAUGCCCCAGACCAUGCUCUACAUACUUUUCAGCGGUUUGGAGUACCCCAAGGCGGCAGCCGGGGUAGGAGCUGCUUGGCUCAUCUUUCGAAUAAUUUUUGCAUGGGGAUACAUCACCAGUACGAAGGCCCAUGGAGCGGGGAGGUUGUAUGGAGGAGCAUUUUGGCUGAUGCAAGGGGGCCUUUGGGGAAUGUCGAUUGCCACUGCUCUGAAGAUGUUGUGA